UGAAGGAGAAACCAUGUCUUAAAAGCAAAAAUAAAAAAAAAAGAAUAGCAGAGACAAUCGACACUUGUCGCAUCCACCAAGCCCUAGAGAACGCAAAGAAGAAGGAACCAAAAAAAUUACAGACAAAAUAGCCACCACCACCACUAUCAUACUUACUUAAUUCAAUUCUAUUUAUUAUCAAGCGCAAAAAUAUAAAGAUAAUUACAAAAUGGGCACUAAUUUAAACUUCAAAAACUUCACGACUGAUCCCUCACUGGAUGGGGGUGGGGGAGGAGGUGGCAACUCUGGCAGCCGGCCACCAGAAAAUUUUUCUUUGGCUAGACAAUCGUCGGUCUAUUCGUUGACCUUUGAUGAGUUUCAAAGUACUAUCGGAGGAGUAGGCAAAGAUUUUGGGUCGAUGAAUAUGGAUGAGCUACUUAAGAACAUAUGGAGUGCAGAAGAGACGCAUAACAUGGUUGCAUCUUCUAGUGGGGCCCAAGAGGGUCUGCAGAAGCAGGGAUCUUUGACCCUUCCGCGAACGUUGAGCCAGAAGACAGUUGAUGAGGUGUGGAAAGAUCUAUUGAAGGAAUAUGGGAAUGUGAAUGGAGGUGGAGGUGGAGGCGUAGGUGGAGCUGCAGCUGCUGCUGUAGAAAUAGCCAAUAAUAUGCCCCAAAGGCAGCAUACUUUAGGGGAAAUGACAUUAGAAGAGUUUCUAGUAAGAGCUGGUGUUGUAAGAGAAGAGGUCCAAUUAGCUGCUGCAAAGGUAAAUGCUAAUGGUGGUGGUGGGUUUUUUGGUGAUUUAUCAAGAUCAGGAAAUAACGCUGGUUUAGGAAUCGGGUUUCAGCAGAACAGAGUUAUAGGAUUCAAUAAUAAUAAUACUAAUACCAGUCCAGUUCCUUUGCAAUCGUCAAAUUUGCCUUUGAAUGUUAAUGGUGUUAGAUCAAAUCAGACAGCACAGGUUCAGCAGCUACAGCAGCACCAACAACAGCAGCAGCAGCAGCACCAACAACAACAGCAGCACCAUCAACCGCAAAUAUUUCCAAAGCAGCCUAACUUGGGAUAUGUGACACAGAUGCCUUUGCAAAGUAGUCCCGGAAUUAGGGGUGGAAAUGGAAUAAUGGGAAUUGGAGAGCAAGGGAUUAGUGGUGGUUUGAUGCAGGGUGGAGGUAUGGGAAUGGUUGCAUUAGGAGGUGUUGCAACUGGAUCACCUGCAAAUCAGUUGUCAUCUGAUGGGAUUACAAAAAGUAAUGGGGACACUUCUUCCGUGUCUCCGGUUCCCUAUGUGUUUAAUGGAGGUUUAAGAGGAAGGAGAGCUGGUGGUGCUGUAGAGAAGGUGGUUGAGAGGAGGCAGAGAAGAAUGAUUAAAAACCGAGAGUCGGCUGCAAGAUCACGUGCUCGCAAGCAGGCGUAUACUAUGGAGUUGGAAGCAGAAGUUGCAAGGUUAAAAGAGGAAAAUCAAGAACUGCGGAAGAAACAGGCAGAAUUGUUGGAAAUGCAGAAAAACGAGGCAAUGGAGAUUAUGGAUCAGCAACAGGCAAAGAGACGGUGUUUGAGGAGGACUCAGACAAGUCUAUGGUAAAAUAGAAAGGAUUAGAUUGUGAUUAUACAAUUUAAAAUCAUGUACGGAAGGUGGCUGUACAUAUCUGAGAAACCUGGAUGCUUCUGUAGAUUAAGAUGAUCCAAGCUUUUACAGUUGAAGAGUUAUACAGUUAAGGUAGAUUAAAUCUUCUAGUAUCUGUUAUUUGUUUCUCUUGUGAACCUUCUUGGUUAGGCAUACAGCAGUGCAAGGGAAUAGAUGUAUUUCUGUUGUAAUUUCGCAUAUCUUGGAAAUCAUGUCCUUUUCCCUGCUAUAAUUCAACCCAAGAUGGUUUUUGCUUCAAA